UCCUGGAAUCAGACGUUACAAAAAAUUCCCCCAAUUGACGAAGAAAAAAAAUUAUUUUCAAUUUGAAGAAUCUAUUUUCUGUCCUAAGAGAAACAUCCUUCGCUGUUUUUCUCUAAUCCCCUUAAUUUCCACGAUAAUUGCAUAAUUAUCAAAAUAAACAGUUAAUCUCAUUUCUCCUUUAUUAUUUGAACGAUAAAAUUGACAUCAAUUUCCAAAUCAUUCACAAAGACCAUACCAUUACUUGUGACGUAACAUAGUAUGCGGAAGCUUUGCAUAUGCGGAAGAAGCACAGCUGAGGGCAACUGCCGCCACGAAGAAGACGAUUUUCACCAACUCCAUUACUUCAACUCAACAAUUUAAACGCCUGCAAAAUUCCUAAAUCUACUCGACUAAGUGGAAUGCGUUUUGAAGACGUAUAGACUAUUGCCCGCCUUAUAUAUAUUCCGGCUGGCCUCGAUAAGAGGAUUUAUUCGUGAAAGCCAUAGGUUAUCGAUCGAAGGACAACAAACAAAAAUGGCGGCAGUGGUAAGUAAGCGGUUGCUGACGAGUGGGGGAAUUCGAUCGUUAUUCCACUCUCCUUCAGUGUCAUACGCAACAACUGGACCAGUCACCAAGAAAAAGAUGGGGAAAUUGAGUCCUGAGGAGAGGAAAACCCUGCUGAUGGAUUUAUUGAAGACUGGGUGGACCCUUCAGUCAGAUAGAGAUGUCCUCUACAGGGAAUUUACAUUCAAGGACUUCAAUGAGGCAUUUGCAUUUAUGACGAGAGUCGCGCUGAAGGCAGAAAAAAUGGAUCACCAUCCUGAAUGGUUCAACGUCUACAACCGAGUCAACAUCACGUUAACAUCUCACGAUGUUAAUGGAGUGUCUCAGCGGGACGUUAAGCUAGCUACAUUCAUCGACGAAAUUGCCAACGCCCUUGUCAAACAAUAAAUUGUAGUAUAUUCCCUGGACCAAUUCGCUUCUAAUUAAUGAUUUUUCUCGAAUUCUAUGUAUUAUAAGUUUAUAUGAUAGAAGGAAACUAUUGAAUGUUACCCAACGUAUGAUAUAGAAACAGGAUGAAAGUAAAAAUAUUUUCUGUUCAGUUGGAAAAUUCAAAAUUUUAAUUUUUCUGUUUAUAAAACAGAUGAAAAUGGUGACAAUACGUUACAAAUUAUCAAUAAAAGUCGUUGAUCAUUGAAAAUGGCUUCUAAAACGAUCGAAAUAGAACUACGCUCAUUGUUGAAACCCUAACUAUUGAAUAUUGUCCAAAUCAAGAUGAAACAGUUGUAAAAUAAAUAUGAAACUGCUCUAUCUGA